GGCCGCCGCAGCCAAGCCAAGCCCUCAUGAAACUUCAGGUGUGAACGCAACUCGAGAAACCCGUAAAUCGUCGACUUGCACCAGUUCUGUCAACUGCAACAUCCAUCCGCCAUCUCGCUUUUCGACGCUCACCUCGAAAAGCGAACCGCGCAGUGCCACCGCAAUCAUGGCUGACGUCGACUACAACCCCGAGGAGGCCGCAGAGCUCAAGAAGAAGAGAACCUUCCGAAAGUUUUCGUACAGAGGCAUUGACCUUGACCAACUUCUGGACAUUCCCUCGAACGAACUUCUCACCAUCCUCCAUGCUCGUGCCCGUCGUCGGUUCAACCGAGGCCUCAAGCGCCGUCCCAUGGGUCUGAUCAAGAAACUGCGAAAGGCCAAGCAGAACGCCAAGCCCAACGAGAAGCCAGACCUGGUCAAGACGCAUCUCCGAGACAUGAUCAUCGUGCCCGAGAUGAUUGGCAGCGUCAUCGGUAUCUAUUCCGGCAAGGAGUUCAACCAGGUCGAAAUCAAGCCCGAGAUGGUCGGCCACUACCUCGGCGAGUUCUCCAUCUCAUACAAGCCGGUCAAGCACGGUAGACCAGGUAUCGGUGCCACCCACUCUUCCAGAUUCAUUCCGUUGAAGUAAACGAAGGCAAUGGGUGGUGUUGGACGUCGGGAGGAGAAAUGGAUGGAUGGGCAUUCACUUCUCGCAGACCAUGCUGCAAGUUGCCCUCAGUCGACACAGACUGGAUGUCUCUUGUGGGAAGAAAAAAACGCCAUGCAAGCUGGGCUCUGACGAGAAUGGCGCCGCGUACGCGGUGAUGGUUGUGAUGGUGCCAAAAAUGGAUUCUAGUAUCCUGCCAAAUGACUAGAACUUGAAUGGCUGAAAAGCCAUGAAAUGAACAUUCAGCUUCCGCACUGAAUUCAAUGCCGUGUUUUGUCAAGCAAUCUGAACCCGCAACCAUUAGCUUCAGAGAAACAAGUCUCUCAAAAGCGAAGAAAUGAGUAAUUGGUCCUAUCAUACUACUCCGUCCAGGGCCUUUUGCCAGACCAUGCUGCGCAGCGCCUGCAUCUGAGACUCCAGCAGCAUCUGAAAUUCUGAACGCCAUGCUAUAUAAUGUUGCCUGAACUACCGCCGUAGGUACCUGAACGCCAUGCUAUGUAAUAAUGUCCACAGUACUCCACCCGCC